AUGUCUUUAUUUGUCUUCAGGGAUGGGAAAAAUGAUAAAAAGAAACUAGUGGAUGCUGAAGAGGCUGGUAGUCCAUUAGAGGCAUCUGCGUCUCUCACACCUGCUAUAUGGGACAAGACUAUACCUUAUGAUGGAGAAACUUUCCAUUUGGAGUACAUGGACUUGGAUGAAUUUCUGUUGGAGAAUGGAAUCCCAGCAAGUCCUUCACAACUUGAGCUAAACCAGUCCGUCGAAAACUCACUUGUUCCUGUUGUGGAACUCGAGAAGAAUGAAAGGGUCAGCACACCAUCAUCUCCUGCCAUGUGCACUGCUACUGAAGACCCUCCAAAGGACGGUUCCAAAGAAGUUUGCAGAGAGGCUGCUAACCCAAUUGAUCCAGAACAGAUUGAAGUGUCGGUUAAUUUCAUACCUGAUCCUGUAGACUUGAUAUUAUCUAGUGUGCCUGGUGGUGUACUGUUUGAUCCUCGCAAACACAAAUUUUCAGAAGAUGAUCUGAAACCACAACCUAUGAUUAAAAAGGCUAAAAAAAUCUUUGUCCCAGAAGAUGCAAAGGAUGACAAGUACUGGUCAAGACGGCGAAAGAAUAACGUGGCUGCUAAACGGUCCCGUGAAGCAAGACGACUGAAGGAGAACCAAAUCACAGUUCGGGCUGCUUUUCUUGAAAAAGAGAACUUUGCCUUGCGCACAGAAGUGGCUGAACUCAGAAAGGAUGUUGGGAGAUGUAAAAGUAUAAUCUCUAAAUAUGAAGCCAAAUAUGGACCACUGUAAAAUAAAAUCCAGAAAUGUGUCAUUGGAGUUCAGCUUACAUUGUUAUAACAUAAAAGUGCCUAACAGUUCCUAAUCUGUCAAAGCACAAGGCAUAUGUCUUUGUGCUUCCCUUAAUGUUACACUGAUGCUAGCAGCAAGCGUUGCUGUGUUGUGUACUUCAGAUAACGUGUUACAUUAUCUGGUGGUGGAAACUGUGGGCAUUGUGGAUUUUGCCUGAUGGCACUUAACAUUUCCACCAAGAUGGUCAGGCUUCAGUAAGCAUCACUUAGAAUCCUUUACUGGGUUCAUUUUAUUGG